CGAGCACGACAUCAUCGGACAAUUCAUGAAGUGCAUUUUUUCUAUGUUGAAUUUGGUGUUUGUGCCCCCUAAAGAUUUUCCACCCUUGGGAAGAUGAGGUUUAUGGAGCAAUAAAUUGUUGUGCAUUUGCAAGAAGUGUCAAUUCAUUUACAAGCAUCACUCAUCUUCGUUAUGGCUCACUUUGAUCUCGGAUUUAGACGUGACAGAAGUCUCUCUGAAUUGGGAACCUUACAGUAUGAAGAAACUGUCGAGGCAUUCCAUCACAAGCUCUCAAAGGUGAAAACUGAUAUUGAAAACAUCUGUGAUUAUGUUGUGAAGAACCCAAUAGGCUUGGGAAACGUUGACAAAACUAUACAGAAAAUUAAUCAACAUUCAAAUGACUAUAAGACAUUGUGUGAUAAGUUUAUGUCAUACCUAGAAAGUCAAAGAACUUCAGAAAGUGCUGAAGAAAGUGAAAAACAAAGACAAUGUAUGGAAGCUUUACUGUUAAAAAUAAACAAGAAAUUAUUAAAUGGACACGCGUGUGGCGUUAAAACACAAUGUCGUAUCUGCAAGAAACUCGUCACCACUCCAUAUCUCUGCUUCGUUCAAAUGAAAUCCAAGCCCAAAUGCAACAAGGAAUUGAAAAUGUACAUCUAUUACGAUUUUGAAUGUACACAGGAAAAUGGAAUUCACACCCAUAAUCUCUGCAUGGCCGAACGCGUAUGUCAACAUUGCGACAGUUUAGACAUCAACACACGCUGUGAACACUGUCAAGUGUUUGGAUCGCAACGCCGCUUCGUAUUUCAAGGCCCAGACACCUUAAAGCAGUUUAUGGACUGGUUAUUACAAUCCGAGACGGCCGAGAAGGGUAAUGUGACCUUCAAACACGAUGAAACUACCGCGUCCUCCCACCCCGAGGUCUGUAUCAUCCCGUGCUACCCUACAAGACAGGAGGAAAAUUACUCUUCCCCUUAUGCCGAACGUGCGCCGAACAUCGCCACUUAGGACCCAACGAUCGAUGCAGUCACACCGAUUCAAAACGCAGUCUGACCGGAACCUGGGUAACCGUAGAAGUACACAAAGCUCUAGAUCUCGGCUAUCGGCUCGAGCGCAUCCACGAAGUCUGGCAUUUUGAAAAGACCAGCCAGGAUUUGUGUCGAUCUUACAUCGACACUUUCCUGAAGAUCAAACAAGAAGCUUCCGGAUUUCCCGAUGAAUGUCAAAUGCCCGAACAGAAACUAGAAUACAUCAGUGAGAUCCAGCACCGGGAAGGCAUCUUCAUGAACCUAAUAGAUAUUGAGAAAAACCCCGUCCGUAGAACCAUUGCCAAACUCUUUUUAAAUUGUCUCUGGGGAAAAUUUGCACAACGAUUACAGUUACCACAAACACAGUAUUUAACCGAAGAAGAAUUACAGAGAAAAAAUACAAGAUGCCACUCUAGAAAUCAAAGGAGUCGAGCUGCUGGAAAAUCAAGAUCACCCCAAAACCAACAUGAUGCUGAUCAAUUAUCAGGAAAAAGAAUUUUUAGAAGACUGUCCUCUUGGCAAUGUGGUGUUAGCGUGUUUUACCACGGCACACGCUCGUUUACAUCUCUACGAGACUCUAGAGCCUUUGGGGUAUCGCGUUCUCUACUUCGAUACCGACAGCAUCAUUUACCAACACGAUGAGAGUCGGUUCAACCCCACCAUCAUCAACAGUUUAGGAGGUUGGACCGAUGAAUUGAGUGGUGACCGCAUCGUCAAAUACAUGUCGGGAGGACCAAAAAAUUACGCGUACGAGACACAGGGUAGAAAAUCAAUGUGUAAAGUCAAAGGACUGACGCUCAAUUAUCGAGCUUCCAGGAUCGUUUCCCUCACCACCUUAGAAAAAAUGUUGAAAGGGGAGGAAAAAGAAGUCAACGUGCGUUACCCGCACUUUAUUCAAAGAACAUGACAUCACAAUGGUCGCACCAUCCCCUUAGUAAAGAAAUACCGCGUGGUGUACGACAAGCGACAGCGGGUUCACCAUUACAACACUCUCCCUUACGGGUAUUUAAAGGAAUUACAUCUGCGGGAAAACUUCAGUAAAUAUGGAUCACUACGACAUACCAGCAUACCGGGUUAUGCCCGAUUAUUCGAUCGUUUAGAGUCAUUUAAAGCAGCACCCGAUGUCUUACAGAAAUUAUUACCAGCAAUUGCUAAAGCGGGAUUCUUUUACAGAGGAACGGAAGAUUGUUUUCACUGUUCGGUGUCGAUGGUGGAAUGGGAGAACGGGGUCUCUCCUUGGACAGAACACGCGUAUUGGAGUCCUCAUUGUGCUUAAUUGGUGUGCAAUAAAAGUGUAAAAUGGGUAUGACAAGCUUUCAACGCCAAAGCCAGACUUACCGAGAGUGGUCGAGAUUGGGGGGACUUACCAGGAAUCCCGCGUGUACUCAGAAAUGUCAUGUUUGUUUAGACCGUGAACUGAGAAUUGCAUUUUUACCUUGUGGACAUCUAUACUGUUGUGCCAUGUGGUGUGGGACGUUCACACUGUCCUGUUUGAGGACAAUCUGUGGACGAAACUGCACGCGUUUUUACUUGUUGAAGAAACUGUAUAUUUAAACUUGUAAAUAAAUUGAAGUUUUUUACCUGUAGAUAAAUA